CUUAAUAGCAAUCUGAAAUCGUGCGCGCAGUCGUGUUUCGCAUACAUACAUAAAGGAAUUACCCUAACUAAAAGAUGCUGAUAUCUUAUUUUAGUUAUAAAAAAAAUAAUUUAUUAUCUAUAAGUAAAGUUCACCCAACGUAUAUUUGUUAAACAUUUAAAAAGAUGCAUUUGAAAGAAACAUAAACUCUCUUAAGUGUAUAUAGACUGUGAAAACAAAGUGUUCAUGUCUUACAAUUUCGGAAUAUUGAUCGUGUAACAAAAAUAAAGAUUUCUGCUUUAAACACGGUUUAACUGUAAAAAAUAAAUUCCAGAAAUAACGAUGCAAUAUUAUUCCUUGUAUAAAGAAAGCGUGAUUAUUAAAUACUCCUCAUAAAAAAUCAUUUGUCAAAUGAAAAAUUUGCUGUUUAUAGCUUAAUCAGUGAUAUUGUUUAUUUUUAUUUUCUCAUUGAAUUCGGCAAAUUUUUUCGUAAGCUACAUUUUAUAAUACAGUAAAAGUGUUGGUGGAAUUCAUAAAGUAUCACCAACAGCAGUGUUUAUUUGAAUAUUCAUUAUUUAUAUGUGUAUUAUACCAGUUCCUUGUUUCUCUAUCAUUUCUUUGAAAUGUACAAUUGGAUUGCUUGUAAAAGAGUGAUCGAUCAGUUUAUUAAAUUUUGCUUUAGAUCCUGAUAAAUAUGAUACUGACAAAGCAUUCUAUUUUUCUUAGUAUAAUAAGGAAUUAAAGUUUCUUAAGCUUGGAUAUGGUAACUAUGAAUUCUGAAAAAUCGGCAUGUCGCCGUAAACAAAAUGAAAACAGUGAUAUUGGAGGAACAACGGAACGACUUAGAAACAGAGAUACUCAAAUAAAUCAAUACAACAAUCAAAAUGAUGAAGCAGUCGACAAAUCUCCUAGUAGCCCGACAUAUCAUAUCACUGCCUCUUGCGUGGAAGAUACACCAAAUUUUCUUGUGUAUCAGAAGAUGGAGGAUAUCGUAGAAAAAAUGUCAGAUGAAGUUACAGGUGUUCCAGUGAAAACAGUAAAGAAUUUUAUGACAAAAACACCUUCAGUUUUUACUGGCACAGAUUUAAUAUCCUGGAUGAUGAAAACCAUGGUUAUAGAUGAUCAAGAAGCACUUCACGUGGCGCAUCUAAUGGCAUCCCAUGGAUAUUUUUUCCCUAUAGAUGACCACUGCCUUACAGUAAAAAAUGACAAUACUUUCUACAGGUUUCAAACACCAUAUUUUUGGCCGUCGAAUUGCUGGGAACCAGAAAAUACUGAUUAUGCUGUUUAUUUAUGUAAACGAACGAUGCAGAACAAAACUCGUUUAGAAUUAGCAGAUUACGAAGCUGAGAAUUUGGCUAAAUUGCAAAAGAUGUUUUCACGAAAGUGGGAAUUUAUUUUUAUGCAAGCAGAAGCACAAAGUAAAGUUGAUAAGAAGAGAGACAAAUUAGAGAGGAAGGUAUUAGAUAGUCAAGAAAGAGCAUUCUGGGACGUGUACAGACCGAUGCCGGGUUGCGUGAAUACAACAGAAUUAGAUAUAAAAAAAGCGUGUCGUACAUAUAAGCCGAUUUCGAGGUCAAAUAAGCAUUUACAAUUAGGUCUAGGUAGUACUCAAAUUUCCCCCCACUCAGAGUCAUAUGCAGCGUUUUCGGUAGAAGCCCUAAAUAAAGAAAUUGAAAUGUUAAAAUCUAGGUUAGAUAGAACAAAUAUCAAAGUUUCGAAAGUUUCCGAAGCUCUAAUUGCAUAUUUUGAGCAGUACGUAGAAUAUGAUCCCUUUUUCAUACAACCUGAGCUCACGAAUCCAUGGAUAUCAGAUAAUUCUGAAAUGUGGGAACAAGAGAAACUAGCAAAAGAAGUAUCUACGAGAAGAGUGAAAAGAUGGGCUUUUAGCUUGCAAGAAUUGUUGCAAGAUCCUGUUGGUAGAGAACAGUUUAUACGUUUUCUGGAUAAAGAGUUUAGUGGUGAAAAUCUAAAAUUUUGGGAAGCUGUUCAGGAAUUGAAAGCGUUACCACAAAAAGAAGUCCAAACUAAAGUAAAUGAAAUCUGGAAUGAAUAUUUGGGUUCAGAUGCUAGUUGUCCAAUUAACGUUGAUUCUCAGUCUUACGAGGUAACAAAGAAGAAUCUACCGAAAGCUGAUCGAUGGUGUUUCGACAUAGCAGCGGCACACGUUUAUCAUCUGAUGAAAAGUGAUAGUUACUCGAGGUAUCUUCGCUCAGAAAUGUAUAAGGACUAUCUCAAUGGCUCGAAGAAAAAGGCAUUCUUCAGCCUUUUGUUAAUUCGGCUUUUAACUGCAGCCUUACUGCCAACAUUACGUCGGUAAAAGGUAUUCGUUCUAUUGUGUCGUUCAGUGGACGCAGGGAUACGGCUACUUCGUAAUCGCUACUGCAUAAAUUUUGUCGGUUGUGGAGAUUUUUCGAAAUUUCGUGUUAGGUUUUCAUUCGUAAAAGAAUUUCGAGAAUAAAAAUGUAUCUCAUUCUUCAUUGAAGUAAGUAUUGAAAUACUGUUCAGCACAAUCAGAUUUCUUUAUAUGUAUGUGUAUCCUUUAUUUUUUACCUAUUUAGUGUAUUAAGAUAAUUCUUGAAGAAUUGAAAUAAGUUUUGUAAAUAAUUUAUUCUAUAAUGUGUUUCAUCAUAUGAAUUACAUAAACUUUUUUUUAAAUAAAUAUAUAUAUAUAUAUAUAUACAUAUAUAUAUGUAUAGAAUAAUAUAGAUAUAAUACUAUAGCGUUUAAUUUUGCUUACAUUGUUAAAAUAUAUUUUCUCAAAAUGUAGUGUAAUUGAAAUAAAUAUAGUACAAUUGUAGGAUAAUAAUUCUAGAUAGAAGAUUUAAGAAAUAAUCAAAAACUUUAGCUUCUUUUUUAAAUAAUUUUGAUGGAAAUGAAACUUUUAUAAGUUAAUAUUCGUGCUCAUUACAUAGAUUACAAAACUUAUUCCAACAAUUAGUGCUAAAUAAUACAUGAAUUUGAUUUGAAACAAAACCAUCUUCAAUUAUCUUUAUAACGAUUAUAAAUUUAGGUGCAUGAUAAUUGACGAUACAUAGAGAUUAUUAAAAAAUAAAAUUUUAGAAGAACAUGUUCUAUUAUAUUCUUCCGUAUCUUAUAAAAAAUGUUUGCCAGUGCAUUGAUUGAGAUCAAAUGUUAACAUAAUUCCUCAGCAAAAUAUAACUCUGUAUGCCUUAGAUGAUGCUUAUAAUUCAACAAUAUUUCUUUAAAAUUUAAUGAAGAAGAUACAAUAGGAUACUAUACACCUAUUUUCAUAUCAAGUAUACAGGGUAUUUUCGAUCUGAUGGUAUAACCGAAAAAGGGCUGAAUCUACAUGAAAAUGUAAGUUAAAAAUGUAAAGCAUUAUUUUUUUGCACAGGACUUUGUGUUCAAACAAUUUUAAUAUUUUUAAAAAUUCCGCCAAAAAACAAGUGGCGCUAUCUAGCGACUUGCGAUGCUACUACAAAAGCGCGCCUAGCGUUGGUAAAAAGAACUAAAAGUAAACGUAAAUUUUGCGCCGUCUGGUGGUAAAACAGGAAAGCUUAUUUUCGCACAAGCCGCUAGAUACCGCCAUCUGUUUAUUGGCGGAAUUUUUAAAAAUUUUGAACAUCGGUAUAUUAAGAAAUAAAGCCCUGUUUUCUUUUUUAUGUACGUUCAACUCCUUUCCUGUUGUUCCUCCUGAUCGGAUAUACCGUGUAUUUUUCAGGAAUAGAUAAGUACAACGGUAGAUAAAAUGUUCUAUGCUGGAAAUACUGAACAUUUGUAGUCUUGUAAUAUUUACUAAAAUGUAAUAUGUACUACUGUAAGUUAGUUAUAAAGCACAAUAAUAAAAUGUAAAUAUAAUGUAGCAUAAACAACAAA